AUGGUUCAAAGCAACACGACAACCGUAACUUAUGAUCAUGCUACAGAAUCUGUUCAAAGGAAAGGAUCAUUGUAUGCAGGAUACAUAACGAUGUUGUGGCCAAACAGGUCACAUUGGUCGUACUACCUGGUGGGACCCGAAAUACUCGGUUACAAUGGAACCUGGGAGACAAAUGGAAACACUGUAUUUUACACGUGUUGUGAGAAAACAACCAAAUUACUCAGUUACAACAGGACCUUGACGGAAAUUGGAAGAAUCCAACUUGGUCGGUGUUGCAAACAAAUCUGUCAACAUUGCAUGAUUUCAUGCCUAUUUUUCUGCUCCAUAUUUUCCAUUGUACAACUGAGCCCAAAACCAUUGACAAACAUAUGUUUGAACACGAACAAACUAACACCGCUUCGAGAUUAUGUAACUUUAUCGUUGCUUCUCACUUUUAACCAAAAUGUUUAUCUUCCGUUGUUAUUUCGUUCGAUUCUUACAUACUGUGUUUCCCCUCUACCAGUUAAUUAA